UUCCCUAGCAGUUUUCUGGAAUGUACGAUUCGGACCAGUUCAACGACGCGGGAGAUGCGUCGUUGAAUUCUAUGUAAAACUGAUGAGAAAUCUGUUUUAUCGCUUGUGAGAUUCAUCCGAACGAUUUUCGCACAAUGGCUGAGUAUCUGGCAUCAAUUUUUGGAACUGAAAAGGACAAAGUAAAUUGCUCGUUUUACUUCAAAAUAGGAGCUUGUCGACACGGAGAUCGAUGUUCACGUAUCCACAACAAACCGACCUUCAGCCAGACAUGUCUACUGCAGAAUCUUUAUGUAAACCCUCAGAAUUCUGCCAAGAGCGCAGACGGAUCUCACUUGGUCGCGAAUGUAACGGACGAAGAAAUGCAAGAGCAUUACGAUAACUUUUUCGAGGACGUUUUCAUUGAAUGCGAGGAUAAGUACGGUGAAAUCGAGGAGAUGAAUGUAUGUGACAAUCUCGGCGAUCAUCUGGUUGGAAACGUUUACAUUAAGUUUCGCAGGGAGGAGGAUGCGGAAAGAGCGGUUAACGACUUGAACAAUCGUUGGUUCGGUGGCAGGCCGGUCUACGCCGAGCUCUCCCCUGUCACGGAUUUUCGUGAGGCAUGUUGUCGUCAAUAUGAAAUGGGCGAGUGUACGCGCUCCGGAUUUUGCAACUUUAUGCAUCUGAAGCCCAUCUCUCGGGAACUUCGUCGGUAUUUGUACAGUCGGAAGAAGGGCAAGGGUCGAUCUAGAUCUAGGUCGAAAUCGCGAGGUCGCGAUCGUAGGAGAAGAUCUAGAUCCCGAGACAGGAGGUCCAGGUCUAAGGAUCGUCGCAAGGGAAGAGACGAUAAGGGCAGAGAUGGCCGAUCUGGUCGUUAUUAACGAUCUCUCAUAUUAAUAUGCAUGCGUAUAUUUAUUGUUUUAUUCCUUUUCCUUGUUUUAAAUUCAUUCGAUAUACAUAAUAUAUAUAGUCACAUCUGAUACCACGCAAAGUAAAAGAAUAGCCCUCUUAUUAUUAAACAUCAUUGUUAAAGCAGAUCGAAAACAUAUAAAAACUACUUGUGCUGUAAAACAUUAA